UUUUGUACAGUGUUGGGCGGCCAUGUUUGCAUCAGCCAACUAGAUGAGAUCAGAUGUCUGUGAUUGUAAAACAUAGUUGACGUGCAAAUGUGAUUACAAAAAUGACACUUUUGAAUUGGCUGGAGCACAACCUUGAGAGAGAUUCUUCAGAUGAUGGCAUUACUCUCCAAGAAAUAAUCUCCAAGUGCAAUAAAGAUAGACACAAUUGUGGUCUCCCUCGUGUGGAUCUAACAACUUUUGGACGUUUAGUGAUAAAGUACUUCCAAAUUGGAAUAUCGGCAAAAGUCAUAGCAAGCAAUAUUCCGUAUAGCCUAAAAUGGAGGAAUCAUAACAGUAAUGAACCUUUUAACAUUGGUAAUGACACCUCAUUUAUAAAAGCAACUGGCUGGAAUGUUGAUUCUACAACUGAGUCUACCCUCGUCCUUGUUAAAGUUAUCG